GUUCUGAGUCAACUGCAGCAGGGUGUAGCUUAUCACGGGCGGGUUUAACUAACAGUUGUUAUUUUAUCGAAACAAAAAGAACUUUUUUUGUGAGUGGCUGGUAACGCUGAGCAGUAAGUGGGCUGUACUAUGUGAGCAGGGGAGUGUGUUUGCUCCACCAGAAGCCGCUGCCAAACAGAAAUAGCCUGCGACUGCUGCCAUAUCCUGAAUUAGACAUGGCCGCGACCGGAGUUCUCCCCUUUAUCAGGGGAGUAGACCUAAGUGGGAAUGACUUUAAGGGGGGUUAUUUUCCUGAGCAUGUCAAGUCUAUGACCAGUUUGCGAUGGCUGAAGCUCAACAGAACGGGGCUUUGCUAUCUUCCAGAGGAACUGUCUUCCCUACAGAAACUGGAACAUUUGUCCGUGAGUCACAACAGCCUGACCACACUGCAUGGAGAGUUGUCAAGUCUUCCCAACCUGAGGGCGGUUGUGGCCAGAGCAAACAACCUGAAGAACUCUGGUGUUCCUGAUGAUAUUUUUCAGCUGGAUGAUCUUUCUGUGCUGGAUCUGAGCUACAACCAACUAACAGAAAUCCCUCGUGAUUUGGAGAACUCCAGAAACAUGUUGGUCUUAAACCUCAGUCACAAUAGCAUUGAUAACAUACCAAAUCAGCUGUUCAUUAACCUCACUGAUCUGCUGUACCUGGACCUAAGUGACAAUAAUUUAGACAGUCUGCCUCCUCAGAUGAGACGCUUGGUCCAUUUGCAGACUCUCAUACUCAAUAAUAAUCUGCUUAUGCACGCACAGCUGAGGCAGUUACCUGCUAUGGUGGCCCUUCAAACCCUUCAUUUAAGGAACACUCAGCGUACUCAAAAUAAUAUGCCCACCAGUCUGGAGGGCCUCACCAACCUAGCAGACGUGGACCUGUCCUGUAAUGAUCUGACGCGUGUACCAGAAUGCUUGUAUUCCCUGACUAAUCUCAAACGGCUGAAUCUGAGCAGCAAUCAGAUAUCUGAACUGUCACUGUGCAUAGAUCAGUGGACCAAACUCGAGACGCUCAACCUUUCUAGGAAUCAGCUCACAUCCCUGCCUUCUGCCAUUUGCAAGCUGUCUAAGCUGAAGAAGCUGUAUGUGAACUCAAACAAAAUUGAUUUUGAUGGGCUUCCAUCUGGUGUGGGAAAAUUGUCCAACCUGGUUGAGUUCAUGGCUGCAAAUAAUAAUUUGGAGCUUGUUCCAGAGGGGCUUUGCAGGUGUGGAAAAUUGAAAAAGCUGGUUUUGAACAAGAACCGGCUUGUGACAUUACCAGAGGCCAUUCAUUUCCUCACUGACCUGGAGGUUUUGGAUGUCCGUGAGAAUCCAAAUCUAGUAAUGCCCCCUAAACCAGUGGACAGGACAGCUGAGUGGUACAACAUAGACUUCUCAUUGCAGAACCAACUGCGAUUGGCUGGUGCAUCGCCAGCCACUGUGGCAGCAGCUGGUGGAGGAAAUAGCCCAAGAGACCAUAUGGCCAGAAAAAUGAGGCUAAGGAGACGCAAGGACUCAGCCCAGGAUGAUCAGGCUAAACAGGUGCUGAAGGGAAUGUCAGAUGUGGCUCAGGAGAAGAACAAAUCCAUUGAGGAGAAUGGAGACUUGAAAUACUCUGAUCUGAAAACCAAACGUUGGGACAAGAACCUGGAGAAACCGCAGCUGGAUUACUCUGAGUUCUUCUUGGAGGAUGUGGGCCAGAUCCCUGGUGUUGUGGUUUGGCAGAUUGAAAACUUUAUACCCAUCCAGGUGGACGAGGCCUUCCAUGGGAAGUUCUAUGAGGCAGACUGUUACAUUGUUCUCAAGACGUUCUUAGAUGACAAUGGAGCCCUGAACUGGCAGAUCUUUUACUGGAUCGGGCAGGUAGCUACCCUUGAUAAGAAAGCCGGCUCUGCCAUCCAUGCUGUCAAUCUCCGUAAUUAUUUGGGUGCCGAGUGCAGGACUAUCAGAGAGGAGAUGGGAGACGAGAGUGAAGAAUUCACUGCAGUGUUCAACAAUGAGAUUUCUUAUAUUGAGGGUGGAACUUCCAGUGGAUUUUACACAGUGGAGGACACUCAAUACCCAACCAGGUUGUACAGGGUUUAUGGGAAAAAGAACAUCAGAUUAGAAUCUGUGCCUCUGAAAGCAUCCUCACUCGACCCCCGGUUUGUCUUUUUGUUGGACACUGGUCUUGAAAUAUUUGUUUGGAGAGGAGGCAAUGCAACACUUGGUGGGACUACAAAAGCAAGGUUAUUUGCUGAGAAGAUCAACAAAAAUGAGCGAAAAGGCAAAGCAGAGAUUACAACUUUGAUGCAGAAUCAAGAACCUCCAGAGUUCUGGGGGACUCUUGGGGGACAGCCUGAGGAAAUCAAGAAACAUGUCCCAGAUGGCUUCACCCCUGUUCGACCCAAGCUCUAUAAGGUUGGUUUGGGCUUGGGAUACCUUGAACUUCCUCAGAUCAACUACAAACUCUCUGUGGAGCACAAGGACAAGCUCAAGCUAGAUGUGGUUCCAGACCAAAGACUGGUACAAGGCCUUUUAGACACUAAAGGUGUCUACAUCUUAGAUUGCUGGUCUGAUGUCUUCAUUUGGAUUGGCCGUAAGUCCCCACGACUUGUGAGGGCAGCUGCAUUGAAGCUGGGCCAAGAGGUGUGCAGUAUGCUCCAUCGGCCAAAACAUGCCGUGGUCAUCCGUAAUCUGGAGGGCACCGAGUGCCAGGUCUUCAAAUCUAAGUUCAAGAAUUGGGAUGACGUGUUGAAGGUGGAUUAUACCAGGAACGCAGAGAGUGUAAAGCAAAAAGAGGGCUUGAGUGGAAAGGUGAAGAAGGAUGCAGAGCAGAAGGAUCAGAUGAAAGCCGACCUAACAGCUCUGUUCCUUCCUAGACAGCCAGCAAUGCCUCUCACAGAGGCGGAACAGAUGAUGGAGGAGUGGAACGAGGAUUUAGAUGGCAUGGAGGGAUUUGUUCUGGAGGGGAAGAAGUUUGCCCGUUUACCAGAAGAGGAGUUUGGUCACUUUCAUACUCAGGAUUGCUACGUAUUUCUCUGCAGGUACUGGGUGCCAGUGGAGUAUGAGGAUGAUCAGGAGAAAGACAAAGAGAAAGAGGGAGACAAUGAGGACAAACAGCCUGAAGAAGACUUCCAGUGUGUGGUUUACUUCUGGCAGGGCCGUGAGGCCUCCAACAUGGGCUGGCUGACCUUCACUUUCAGCCUGCAGAAGAAGUUUGAGAGUUUGUUCCCAGGAAAACUGGAGGUUGUGAGGAUGACCCAGCAGCAGGAGAAUCUUAAGUUCUUGUCACAUUUCAAGAGGAAGUUCAUCAUCCACAAAGGCAAGAGGAAGCUAAAAGUGGACAGUGUGCAGCCAAGCUUAUACCACAUCAGAACAAAUGGAAGCGCACUAUGCACCAGGACUAUUCAGAUAGCCACAGAUUCCAGUAACCUCAACUCUGAAUUCUGCUUCAUACUGAAGGUGCCAUUUGAAAGUACGGACAACCAGGGAAUAGUGUACACAUGGGUGGGCCGAGCAGCAGACCCAGAUGAAGCUAAACUGGCAGAGGACAUCAUGAACACCAUGUUUGAUGACACCUACAGCAAGCAGGUGAUAAAUGAAGGAGAAGAGCCAGAAAAUUUCUUCUGGGUUGGCAUCGGCUCACAGAAGCCAUAUGAUGAAGAUGCGGAGUACAUGAAAUACGCUAGACUGUUUAGGUGCUCCAAUGAGAAGGGUUACUUUGCUGUAUCAGAGAAGUGCUCCGACUUCUGUCAAGAUGACCUGGCUGAUGACGACAUCAUGCUUUUGGACAAUGGGAAAGAGGUUUACAUGUGGGUUGGCACACAGACAAGCCAGGUGGAGAUUAAACUGAGCUUGAAGGCUUGUCAGGUCUAUAUUCAGCACAUGAGGUCCAAGGAUGCAGAGCACCCCAGAAAACUGCGCCUGGUGCGCAAGGGCAAUGAGCCUCACUGUUUCACCCGCUGUUUCCACGCAUGGAGCGCCUUCAAGACUGCACCUGCAUAAACCAGCCUCACACCUCACACAGUCUGUCUUGACAGUUUUAGCAUUAGGGUUCAGAAAACAACACCACUCACAACAGACCAUACAUUAUUAAUGUGCACUGCAUCACUCUCUUUAAAAAGCUCACAUAUAUAUUUGCUAAUUGAAGCAAUAUUAUUGAAUUUUAUAUUUAGGUGUAGAUUUAAAAAUCAAAGGAAGAGUCUAAAUGAUACAGCACUUGGGUAAGCGUUACCUCAAGAGAUCAAAUGCUGUAUUCCUUAAGGGAUGUUUUAAGAAGAACAUAUCUGUUGAGGGAGAGUCUACAUUUUUUUUUUUUUUUUUUUAACCAUCUGGCUGCACAAGUGUUGUGAAUUGUCAUACCUGUUUACAUUUUCUACAUUUUGCAGCGGUUAUUUCAAAGACGACUCCUUAUAUCAUUUGUCUGAGUUACACUUUUCAUGUUUUAUUCUGUAGAUGCAUAUCACAUACUGCCAAAACUUUCAGUUAUUGAAAGCACAACACCUAUGUUCGUUUCAGAUAUCACCUAAACAAGAUGCUGAUUUGGUGCCUCACACCAGAAUUAUUAUUUUUUUUGCCUUUGAAUGUUUCUUUCCAUUAGCUUGAUCUGUUUUACUGCUUCACUUUUGGGAUGUUGACUCUGAUGCCAAUGCUGAUGGAAUAACGAAUUGCACAGUUUUUGUGGGAUGUAUUUUCAGUUAUUUACAUGUCCGAAUGAGAGUGCUUUUAUGCCCUUAAACUGCCCCAUACAUCUAUACCAAUGCAGCAGUUAACUGAGUGGAACCCAGUGAUUUUAAUUAAAAAACGCAAUCUGUAACCGGCAAUCCAGUGGUAGUAGUACAACAGUGUUACCAUGAUUUGGUCUUCACGUAUCGAGGCUGUUUGAGCUAUUUAGCUCACAGUUUCAUUAAUCACAGAUUGUGCUUUUUUUUUUUUUUAAAUAAAUGAAAAGAGAAAGAAAAAGUUAUGGUCCUGUGUAUGGACUACUUGAUAGUUUUUGGAAUUUUGAAUAUUUGUUGAACUUGGACAGGGAAAUUUGUUUAGCCAAGGAAAUAAAUAUUCUUAUUUUAAUUAUGCUAAUCAAAUCUGUUAUGGCUGUCAUAAAGGGAUUGGUAGAGGUAAAAUAGUUUUUUGCAGUUGAAGGUGAGUUGCCCUAUUUUGUUUCUUCUUGUCACCGCAGCUUUUUUGUCUGCAUAUAUAAAUGUAUUUCUAUGUGUACAAAUAUUUUCUGCCACUGAUUUCACCUGCAGAUGCUCUAUUUAUGUAUUUUGUAUUAAAUAAAGUUUCAUCGCA